UUNCGGUUUUUUUUUUUUUUUUUUCUCCUUUUUUACUUUACUUGGAUCCCAUGCUGUUUCGAAUUCUGUAGAUGCAAUAAACUGUAUAGAUUGUUGCAACUUACACUUCCGGCGAGAUGACCAGCGGCUUGCAGAUGAAUCCUCAGUUAGAGCAGAUCCAUGGUGAAAUUCGUGACAAUUUUCGGGCGCUUUCAAAUGGGUUUCAAAGACUGGAUAAUAUCAGAGAUUCCAGUAGACAAAGUAAGCAGUUGGAGGAGCUCACAGGAAAGAUGAGAGAAUGUAAAAGAUUAAUUAAAGAUUUUGACCGUGAACUCAAGGAUGAAGAGAGUAAAAAUCCACCGGAAGUGAAUAAGCAGCUCAACGAUGAGAAGCAAUCAAUGAUUAAAGAGCUGAAUUCAUUUGUUGCACUGAGGAAAACGUACGUGAAUAGUCUUGGAAAUAAAAGAGUUGAGCUAUUUGAUGAGGGAGGUGUAAGCGAACCUACUGCUGAUAAUAAUGUUCAGAUGGCCUCAUCUAUGACAAAUCAAGAACUUAUGGAUGCUGGGAAGAAAACAAUGGAUGAGACCGAUCAGGCUAUUGAACGCACUAAAAAGGUGGUUGAACAAACUAUUGAAGUUGGAACUCAAACUGCUGUUACAUUAAAAGGCCAAACUGAUCAAAUGGGCCGUAUAGUAAAUGAGCUCGACACGAUUAAUUUUUCGAUUAAGAAGGCUUCCCAGCUCGUGAAGGAAAUUGGCAGACAGGUUGCUACAGACAAAUGCAUCAUGCUGUUUCUGUUCCUAAUUGUUUGUGGAGUGAUAGCCAUAAUCGUUGUUAAGAUUGUGAACCCCAACAACAAAGACAUCAGGGAUAUUCCUGGAUUGGCACCGCCCGUUCCCGCCAGGAGGCUUUUGUAUCUGAGGACACCUGAACAUUUCGAGUAAAUUCUUGCCUUAGAAACAGGUAGAUCUUCGUUGUUCGGUCAUCUACUUCGAGUAAAUUCUUGCUUAAAGCCAUCGAGAGACACGACAUUGUGAGAAUUCUUCUGCUUUGCUUUCCUUUCCUUGUAUGCAAUUCAAUCUAUUCUUGGCUGAGAUGUGCAUAGAGCUUGGUAUGUUAUAUUAGUUUUUAUUUGAAGAGAAACUACAAUGUGUUCCUGUAAAUGUAUUACUUUGAGGUGAUUCAUGUCUUUGCGGAUUUUACCCACUUGACAUUGUUUUGUACACUAAGUCAUUGUGUCUAACAGCAUUAUGAAUUCCAUUCCCACUGCCCAGUGGUUGAUAGUUAUUCUAUUUUAUUUGUAUA